AUUAUACCAUCCCUUUCAUACUUUGAUAUGAUCCUGUGGCCAGCACCAGUGAAAGAGACAGCACAGAAAUAUGAUGGAAUUAAUGCACUGCAAUAUGUCACAUUAUGUUUUUGAGAACAGCAAAUUAUGACACAAGUCAGGAUGAAUUGCCACUAGAUUUUUGUCAAGAUAAACUGGUGCAUUGUGUGAAUUAUAUCUUUUACCCCACCUAGUUAGGUUUGAAGAAAACAGUUAAAAAGAAAUAAUUUAGCAAUUUUACUCAUGAUCUACAACAGUGCAACAUAUAGUUAAGUCUUUCUACUUUAAAAAGAUUACAUCAUGUGUAAAUUAAUAGGAACAUGGUGUAGAGCACACCUAGUGGCUUCCUUCAUUGUAAAAUGUUUAUGUGGAUGAUGAGUUUUAGUUAAUUGCUAUCUUUAAACAUGAUGGACUUAAUAUCUUGGACAUCAGGGGAAUCCAUGGGAGCUAAUACUGUGUAUAAAGCUGAGCCCAAUCUCGAGAAAAAUGAGCUGUCAGAGGAAAAUGGAAGCCUUGACCUCGUUAACUCCCAGUGUCUUUCUUUAGAGAAGAAAUACAAAUGUGCUGCAAAGAGUGAAGAAUCAAAAGGGCAUAAACGUUGUCCAAAACUAAGAAAAGACAGGGAAAAACUGAGGCAAGAGAAAGAAUUGCUAAGGCGAGAGAAGCAGGCAUUGCGAGCAAAUAGAGAGCUCUUACAAGCUGAGAGGAAAGCUUUGGAUGCUGACAAGGAAAUUGUCAAGGCUGACAAAGAUGCUUUACAAGCAGAAAAAGAAGUUAUAAAAGCUCGAAAGCAUAUGCUAAAAUGUGAGAGUGAUGCCCUGAAAGCAGAGAGGCGUGCAUUAGAGGGAGAGAGAAAAGAACUAGAAGCUGAAAGAGUCACUUUAAAGGCACAGUUAGCUGUUCUAAAAGCUGAAAGGUUUUCUCUUGAAUCUGAACGAGCACUCCUACUCUCAGAACUGUCCAUGGAUCAGAAAAGAAUUCAAGGCAGCGAUCAUGCUGAUAGCACUCAUUGUUUUAAUGGUAAUUAUGAUGGUGAUGAGGGUACUGAAGUUGAUGACUCCCCUGAAGAUGGAGUAACAGAUUUGUGUGUCCAGUUCGGAGAACCCUCCACUUCAUCAGGUGAUGCCAUUGAAGAAGACAAAGUCAACCAGGAGGAGAAUGACUUCUACCAGUGUGACAUAUGCAGCAAAAUGUAUCGCAGUUACAAGUCCUUCAACCGACACCUCAAGAUUCAUUCUUCCUUCUUUCAUUGUGGGGCCUGUCAGAAGCCCUUUGACUCCAAAGAAGAACUCAGCCGACACAAGCUUGAACAUGCAAAGUCAAAGCUGAUCUGUCCAAUCUGUGGUGAUGCGCUUGUUUCCAAAUAUAGCCUUGAGAAGCAUCGAAGGAUGAAGCAUGCAAAAGAUGAGUUGCUUGCAUGUACUUACCCUGGUUGCACAAAACGCUUCUUCAAUGAGCAACUGCUCAGUGAUCACACGAACGUUCACACACAGAAAAAACCAUACCACUGUCUUAAGUGUGGCCGACAGUAUGCUUCAGCUCUAGCUCUCAUCGCCCACAAGAAGGGAUGUGGGAAUCCAGAUGCUCAUGUCUGCGACAUAUGUGGUGUGAGGAUGUCAGCAAGAUCAACUCUAGUAGAGCAUAAACGCAGGAGGCACACGGAUGAACGGUUUACCUGUUUGUGUGGACAGAGGUAUGCAUGGCGAAGUGGAAUUAUACGACACAAGAAGAAAUGUCAGGCAGCUGUUUUUGAUUAAGCAUCAGGCAGCUUUUAGCAUUCAUUGUGAAGCAUGCAUUGGCAUGCAAUAUACAAGCCUUUAACAAGAAAGAAGCGAAAGUUCAUUGGACAAAGAUGAAUCCAUGUUUCACAGGCCAUGUUUUAGUACACUACUGCAUUAUAAACAGCAUACAGUUCUUUUAUGUCAGAUACUUUUUAAUUCAAAGUACUGUACUCUGCUGCAGCUAACAACAUGGAAGCAGUUAGCAAAUUUCAUGAUUCAUGGUUGAGUUGCCCACGUUGGUUUUGAGUUAGGCAUUCUUUACGUUCCAGAGGUAUGCUAAGAUUUGCACUUUUUUGUACCCAGUCCCAUACCCCCAUUGACAGAGAACAAACAUAGACAUGUUCACACAUUUUAUAUGAAGCUUGUUGGCUUUAGUGUGAAGAAAGCAUGUAAGAUAUAAAUGGAGAAUCGUAAGUUAUUGAGAUGUCUUUUUGAAGUUUCCACUUGAGACUUUGGGUGACAUACAAAUCAUAGCUUUAAUCAUUCUUGUAAUUGAAGAUUGUUCAAAAGGCAGUUGUUCAGAAAAUGCUAAUUUAUCACACUAAAUAUCCUGCAUCACAUUACGUGAAAUGGGAAAGCUCUUUCCUCAGAAUGUUUAGUCAAUUAAAAAAAUAUUCUGCUUUAGGAUAGCUUCAAUUUUGUUCAGUGAGUUUUGAACAAAAGUUUUUAAAUGUUGCAUUCUAAUUUAUUGAGCUAUUUUCAGAAACAAUUACGUCCAGAUGGUGCUUAGCAGCCCUUAACGGAAAAGAAAAAAAUAUUUUUACAGUUCAGUUGAUAUUUUUUUUUAAUUUAUAGAAUGUACAGCAUUUUAUUUAACUUUGCAGUUCGUUUAAAAGAGACUUCCUAGGCAAUAGGUUUUUUUAAAAAAACUUAGGAUUUUUUGCCUCUGAGAUUACUUUUGCAUAUUAAAAUAAAAGCAAUAUUUUUUAAAACUUUGUUUGCAUUUCUCAUUGUAUCAUGAGUAAUUCCACACAUCUGUAUGCUGAAAUAUGCUGAAAAUAAUUAUUUCUACCCCAUCUGAGAGUGGGAUUUUAUUUAACAGGAUUAAACCCUUUGCAAGAUACUAUGUCCACUGGGAACAAAGUAUAGACAUUAAUAAAGACUAUCCUUACACUACAGUCAACAACAGUGAAUGACAGUUAAACUCUAUAGAGAACUUAUGCCAUAUUUCAAACAGUAAUGAGGUUGAAUAAGAUUCCUCGUUUAGGAGAUUAAGCUAACAACGCUGAUAUUUCCUGACUAAGACAGACUAUAUAACUAAACAAUAAGUCUGAAAAAAUUGGAUGUGCAUAUAUUGAUCUAAUAUUGUCACUCUCAACAAAAUAAUUUGAAUAAUAAAUGCAGAAUCAAUGUAUAUCACUUUUACUUCCUAGAUAAACUCACCUAUUACCUUUUGGUAGUGGCCCUAAAUUUUAGGAGGUACAGGCCAUUUUAUUUAGGGCAAAAGAAGAGAUUUUUUAUGACUGCUGUUGCUGAUCAGCUGGUCAUGCAGUCGGAUCUCGAUAAGUCGAACUGAAAGGGACCCGAAAAAAAAAUUUCGAAUUACGGAGUUUUUGAGUUAGGGAAAAUGGCAUAAUAGGCGCAGGUGUUUGGCCAGGAAAUAACAAUUAAUUCGAUAUAGGGAGGUUUUUGACUUAGGAAGGUCGACUUAUCGAGGUCCGACUGUACAAAGCACAAAAAGAAGCUUUUAACAAUUUGGCAUAAUUUAUUUAGAAGUAACUUACAUAUAUUUAAAUAAUUUGGCAACCAAAAAGUUCUUUGUGUCAAGCUUAGUUGUCUUAAGUACUUAUAAUAAAACUAGGAAUUUAUAUAACAUGCAUCAUCAUGACCAAGAUCGAUUGCACUCUCUGCGCAGACCACUAAUGAUAAAUGAAAGAUAACAGAAAGUGGACAGUGAGGUACAUAUAGGCACACUGAACAACAUAAAGAUGAGGUACAAGAUAAGAAUAUAAAGCAAUGGAUAAAGGCAUGAAGGAGUAUAAACAGUGUAAGAUGGAAUCGUUACAUGAUAGUUAGCAUGACAGACAGUAUUACAAGCGAGUAGUAAUUAUACAAUAGUAAUUGUAAGCAUAAAAUAAAAAAAUACUAAACCUGAGUCAACCAGGUGAUUUUUUUCCCCCAUCACAUUACGCAACUAGACUUACAGAGAAUAUUAAUCACAGCUCAGAUAAAAUACUUGAGCUAAAACACUCAUGUGCUUUUAAUGUAUCUGCACCAUUAAAGAGUGUGUGGAUCAUGCUUUCAAUAUAAAUAUCCUUGUGGAGAUUAAUUUUUAUAAAGGGUAUUUACAAUUGAGACCAAACUUCUUUGUCUUAUACAGUGAAAGUGCUGUCAAAUAUAUUACUAACCAAGAGUCAGAAAAGAACAAAUGGUGAAAAAAGACCUGUAGGCAGGAAAGCAGACAUCCAGAUGACAAACUUACCAUUUAUAUGCCCCCUAUU